UGGUCUUAUUGUUCCUGAGAAAGACAGCAAUGAAACAGUCCCAGAAGUUGUAGCUACUUCUGGAUACGCCCUUCUGCAUUUCUUCAGUGAUGCUGCCUAUAAUUUAACAGGGUUUAACAUCACAUAUAAUUUCAAUAUGUGUCCCAAUAAUUGCUCCGGCCGAGGAGAGUGCAAGCUCAAUAACAGCAGCAACGCUCUGGAAUGUGAAUGUGCCAAAUACUGGAAGGGAGAAGCCUGUGACAUUCCCUACUGCGACGAUGAUUGUGGGGCUCCUGAGAGAGGACGUUGCAACUUGAAUGACACUAAGGCGUGUUUGUGCUCUGCAGGCUGGCAAGGUCCUGGCUGUUCAAUUCCUGUUCCUGCGAACCAGUCAUUUUGGACCCGGGAGGAAUACUCUCUUCCAAAACUUCCUAGAGCAUCUCACAAAACCGUAAUCCAUGACAAUAAAAUGUGGAUUGUUGGAGGCUAUGUCUUCAAUCAUUCUGACUCUCAGAAGGUUUUAGCGUAUGAUCUUAUCUCUGAAGAGUGGCUUCCGCUGAACAACACUGUGAACUCGGUAGAGAUGAGAUACGGUCAUUCGCUGGCGUUGUAUAAGGAUGAUAUAUACAUGUAUGGUGGAAAAAUAGAUGCGACGGGGAACGUGACCAGCCAGCUGUGGGUGUUCCACAUUCCCACGCAGACCUGGACCCAGGUGACACCGAAAGCCAAGGAGCAGUACGCCGUCGUUGGCCACUCGGCACACAUCGUCACCCUGCAGGACGGCAGCGCCGUCAUGCUCGUCAUCUUUGGCCACUGCCCUCUCUACGGUUACAUCAGCAACGUCCAGGAAUACAACCUGACCGCAAAUACCUGGAACAUUUUGCAGACGAGCGGAGCUUUGGUGCAAGGAGGGUAUGGUCACAGCAGCGUUUACGAUCCAAACACGAGAUCGAUUUAUAUCCACGGAGGCUACAAAGCGUUCAGUGCCAACAAAUACAGGCUAGCAGAUGACUUGUACAAAUACGAAGUGGAUUCUCGCAUGUG